AUGGAGUUCGCGCUGGGAGGUCUCUCGUCCUGUUGCGCCGUCCUGUUCACCAAUCCGUUCGAUGUGCUGAAGACUCGUCAACAGUUGGAGGGUGAACUACUGGCGAAGAGCAGCGUUAAACAGCACGCUUAUCGAGGCCUUUGGCAGUCGAUCGUGACGGUUGUCAAGUCGGAUGGAUUGCGUGGAUUGCAGAAGGGAUUGCCGGCUGCAGCACUGUAUCAGCUUUCGAUGAAUAGCGUUCGAUUGGGCACUUAUCAGACGGUAGAUAAUCUCGGUUGGACCCGCAGUGAGAAUGCCCUGCUGACGCCAUUCUUAUCGGUGUUUUGGGGAGGUUGCGCUGGGAUGAUCAGCGCGACAGUCUCCUGCCCCGUUUACGUCAUUAAGACGCAAAUGCAAGCCGUGAGUUGUGGAAGUUAUACGGCCAAGUUUCAACAUAGACACAGUGGAGUUGUCGAUGCAUUCCGAACUAUGUACCGUGAAGCUGGAAUCAGAGGGCUGUACCGAGGCUACACAGCCAAUUUGGCGAGAGUAGCUAUGGGAUCGUCCACUCAGAUGGCGUCCUUUGCUGCUUGCAAGGAUUUCUUCACCCAGUACGAGAUAUUUCGGGAGUCGGUGGUUUUGACGGCGAUAGCCUCCAGUUCCGUUGCUGGAUUCUUCACGUCUGUUCUCAUGUCGCCAUGUGAUGUAGUUACUACUCGGAUGACCAACCAAGGUGUUUCAUCGACCGGGAAAGGUUUGCUGUACAAAAAUAUCUUCGAUUGUUUCGUGAAGAUCUACCGAGCGGAAGGCAUCCACGGAAUGUAUAAGGGAUUCAUCCCACUAUAUGUACGAGUAGCUCCGCACACCGUUCUGAAUCUGACGUUUUGGGAAUUCUUCAAAAAGUUACACGACCAGUACACGAAAAACGACAGCGAGAAAUUUCUAUAG